AUGGCCGACCAUGACAAAAAGCUACAGUCCGAUCCCUACGCAGGAGAAAGGUUAUCUCCAGCCAACACGUCUGACCUCGACGAUAGCUACGAAGCGUACAAACGUCAUGAAGGCGAAUCAAUUGAUCUGGCCGAGGCAAAGCGAGUGCUACGAAAGAUUGACAUGCGCAUCGUGCCAAUUCUCUUCGUUGUCUACCUACUGCAAUACCUCGACAAAAACUCGUUGAACUUUGCUGCGGCAUAUGGAUUCAGAGAAGGAACACACCUCCAUAGGCAGCAGUACUCAUGGCUGGGCUCAAUCUUCUACUUCGGAUACCUCUGGGCACAAUUUCCUGGAGGCUGGUUGUUGCAGAAACUGCCCAUUGCGAAGUUCCUCGGUACCACGACUAUCAUCUGGGGCAUUAUCCUCAUCACCACCCCCGCAUGCACAAACUUCGGCGGUGUAGCAACCAAUCGCUUCCUCCUCGGAACCUUUGAAGCAGUAGUAAACCCAGGCUUCGUCCUCAUUAUGGGAAUGUGGUGGACCGCCGCCGAGCAACCUCUCCGUCUCGAAGCAUACUACUGCACAAACGGCAUAGCAACGAUGGUCGGUGGACUUCUUGGCUACGCCAUCGGCCACAUCACUUCUGGCUCCCUCGAACGCUGGAUGUAUGUUUUUAUCAUCUUCGGAAGCGUUAGCAUUGUGUGGGGAGUUGUGGUGCUUCUGUUCCUCCCAGACUUGCCAUCGACGGCUAAGUUCUUGACGGAGAGGGAGAGGUAUGUGGCUGUAGAGAGGGUCGCAAGUAACAAGCAGGGUGUUAAGAACAGUCACUUCAAAAAGUAUCAAUUGAUCCAGACAUUACAAGAUCCAAAGACGUGGAUUUUGUUUGUCAUGGCUGUGGGAGCACAAGUUCCCAACUCGGCUAUCACGAGUUUCACAUCUAUCAUCGUCGGUUCCUUCGGCUUCGACACUCUCGGAACCCAAUAUCUCCAGAUCCCCGGUGGCUUCAUUCAAUUCGCCGCGCUCCUCGGUGGUGGAUUUAUCUGCUCCCACUACCCAAACUCCCGCUGCAUCGCCAUGAUUGUCGCAAAUCUCGUUUGCAUCCUCGGCGCCGCCAUGUUGGUCGGUCUCCCUGAUAGCAAUAGAUGGGGUCGUCUUGUAGCACUAUGGCUUUGUUAUUUCCAAGGCUUAGGCUUCAGCAUGUCCUUGACGAUGAUCAGCAGCAAUGUGGCUGGAUACACAAAGAAACAAUGUACUGGCACGAUUUUGUUUGUGGGGUACUGUGUUGGUAAUAUCAUUGGACCCCAGACUUUCAGAGACAGCGAAAAGCCGGGUUAUCACAGCGCGUAUAUCGCCAUGCUGGUUGGUUACUCGGUGAAGCUUGCUAUGGUCGUUGUGCUUUAUGUAUACAUGUUUGCGGCGAACAAGAAGCGCGACAAGGAGGCUGGUGACAUGACGGCCGAGGAAGAGAGGCUAGCUAUUGAGCAGGGCAUGCAUGAUCAGACCGAGUACGACAACAAAGGCUUUAGGUAUACACUGUAG